CCAGUGAUUAGGGCUUCGUCGUCGUCAAGCCUCAAACAAAACGAUGGUGUGCCCCCACCGGCGGCUGGCAACGCUGACGAAGCAGCUCACCGGCCAUGUCAACGCCGGCCGUCACCGCGACGCGCUCGCCUUCUUCGCACGCAUGGCCGCCGACCCAGCCCUGCCGCCGCUCGCCGACCCGUCCUUCGCCUACGCCUUCCCGCUGGCGCUCAAGUCCUCCGCCGCGCUCCGCCGCCCCUCCGCCGCCGCCUCCCUCCACGCGCUCGCGCACAAGUGCGGCGGCCUCCUCCAGAGCCCGUUCGUGGCCUCCGCGCUCGUCGCCUCCUACGGCGCCUGCGCCUCCCCCGAGGCCGCGCGCAGCCUGUUCGACGGAUUGCCCUGCCGCAACGCCGUCGUCUGGAGCGCCAUGAUCUCCGUGUACGUCCGCUCGGGCGACGUCGCCGCGGCGGCGGUGGCGCUCGCCGACAUGGACGUCGCGCCCACCGCCUCCUGCUUCAACUCCGUGAUCGCGGCGGUGGCGGGGUCCGGGCAGCACCCGGGCCGGGCCAUCGACCUAUACCGGCGUAUGGCAGGUAUGGGCGUCAAGCCCUCGCUCAUCACUCUGCUGGCCCUCGUCCCCGCGUGCGCCGCGAUGGGCGCGCUGGGCUCCGUCAGGGAGGUGCAUGGCUUCGCGGUCCGGCACGGCAUGUCCACGAGCUGCCACCUGGGAAGCUCCCUCAUCGAGGCGUACGGGCGGUGCGGCUCGUUGGUUGGCGCGCAGAGGGUUUUCGACCUCGUGGAGGAGCGCGACGUUGUUGUCUGGAGCUCCGUCGUGUCGGCGUACGCGUUCCAUGGCCACGGGGAUGUCGCGAUGUCUCUUUUCGGGCGCAUGGAGCUGGACAACGUGCGGCCUGACGGCAUCAUGUUCCUUGGCGUGCUAAAGGCCUGCGGCCAUGCUGGUCGCGCGGAUGAUGCGUUGAACUAUUUUGACGUGUUAACCAAGACGUAUGGGGUGGAAGCGUCUGGAGAUCAUUACUCGUGCUUGGUCGAUGUCUUGGGGCGGGCAGGAAGGUUGCAGCAAGCUUAUGAUGUUAUACGGACAAUGCCGGUUAGGGUUACCGCGAAAGCCUGGGGUGCUCUCCUUGCCGCUUGCAGGAAGUACGGGGAUGUGGGGUUGGCAGAAAUUGCAGCAAGGGCGUUGUUUGAAAUUGAGCCGGAGAAUGCAGGGAACUUUGUUUCGCUUGCAAAUAUCUAUUCAGGCUUGGGUAUGCAUGAGGAGGCAGAGCGGGUGAGAAGGGACAUGGAGCAACGGGGUGUGCAAUUAUCACCUGGAAGCAGUUGGAUGAUACACCACAAGUCAAGUGAACCUUUCUGAAGAAGGAUGGUCAUAUUUUGGAAGUUACAUCACAGACUGACAUCAAAGUUUUCUUGGAUACACAAUUUCUAUGUCCAUGAAAAGAAACAUCAAAUUUGCUCCUGGGAAUGGUGGAAGAAGAUAGUCUAUGUGCCAGAAGCCAUGAACCUGUACUAGGUGGACAUUGAUGUUCAGUGUCAAUUGUCAAAGUUCAUUCUAGCAGCGAACUCAUUACCAUAUUAUUGACACGUGUGCUACUUCAGUUUUAAAUGACAUUUUCUGGCAUCACAUUAAUUUAUACUCAUGUAGUUGAACCAUAAACAUUGUUCUAUUAGGAAAAAGUAGAAACUUUGGCGAUGUUAGACAACAUCAUUCCUUCCUACCAAAAUCUCCCAUCAGCAAACAUUUCAAUUCCAGUUCAAAGGACUGUAGAGGAAAAAUAAUAUCGGUGAUACUGUUUCUUCUUACAAGUUCCCCACCAAAGCCGCAUGUGUAUUCCAAAUAUCUAAUGCCACUUAGCUCCAGUUGCUAAGCACAUUGUUUCCCAGUCCCGACAAUCCUCAUUGCUGUCAGUGGACAUGAACUUUACAGUCCUUAUUGCCUUGUCAGCUGAUUGCUAAAAUAUGCAAGGAGGCUAAUUACAUCUGCGCACUAAAUUCAUUGUGGUUCUUUUAGUUAACUACUAUUAUCUUAUGUCAGUUCCUAUGGACUGAGGAACUCCAUUUAGGUUUCCAAUGAGACUUCUACCAGCUUUUUUAUGUUAGUGCAUAUGAUGCUGACAUUGGUGCAACUUUACCGAAGUCACAUCUCGUAUUUUUUUUUUUU